AUGGACAUGGAUAUGGAUCUCGACCUGGGUCCAGAGCCGGAGCUUGAGCAGCCGCCCCAGCCCAUUAUAACCGACACGGCGCCACCAGAAGACCUGGUCGAUCCCCUCACCGAGGAGGCCCUGUACGAAAAAGUCCACGUUCGCGGGGUCGAUGAAUUGACCACCGACGAUAUCAAGCAAUUCGCCACCACACAUUUCGCAAAUGAGGUGCCCUCUCGUGUGGAAUGGAUCGACGAUACAUCCGUCAACGUCGUAUACUCUUCCACCGAGGUGGGCCUCCAGGCUCUCGCAGCUCUGACACAGGUCACCGAGGAAGAGGGUGAUGGCGCGUCCACCCUGCCACCGCUGCGCCUACGGUCAGCCAAGCUUCUCUCAACUCAUCCCGACUCCGUCCUGCAAGUACGAUCCGCCGUCAAGACAGAUAGGAAGCAGCCGCGUGCCCAUGAGAAGAGUCGUUUCUACCUUAUGCACCCCGAACACGACCCCCGCGAGCGCCUGCGACAAGAGAUUUCUGACCGACGACGCGGCGGUGAUUUGAGCGAUGGGGACUAUCAGCGACGUCGAUUCGAUGAUCGGGAACUGCGCCGGCGUAGGGACCGUGACCAUGACGACCGCUUUGAUGCCAAUAUGUACGACGAUCAGCCCGAGGGCGGCGACGGCUAUUCCGAAUCCGACCGUGGACGCGGAGGGGACCGAAGAGGGCGUGGUACUAGAGAGUUGUUCCCUAAUGAUGAGCGCUCGUCCGGGCGCCUUCGCAACCGCAGUGCCUCCCCUGGCCGAGACACACUCGAUGACGCAGACCAUGUUGAUACUCGCAGGAAGUUCCGUGAGCGAUCACCACAUAGCCGUGAUCGAAACCAGGGCAAGGAGCUGUUUGCGACCCCAGACUCGGGUGCUCGUGAAUUGUUCCCCAAUAAGCCUUCCUCCAGCUAUCUGAAGAAAGAGCUGUUCCCCAGCAAGCCCAGCAAUCACCGUCGGUCAGAUGCCUUUGAUGCCGCAGAUGAGACGCCCGAUCUCUUAGGUCGAAGGAUUUCCGUACCACUUGCUGAUGGUAGCUCCGAUAAACGAAAUCGCAAUGUCGAGCUCUUCCCUGACUCGACUCCUGGGGAAAUCUCCCGUACAGAAGAUCAAGGCCCUGCGAUGCGGAACGCGGGGCGCGGCAUGUCGAUUAAAGGCCGGGGAUCGUCUGUUCGCGAGCUAUUCCCAAACACAUUCAAGGACAAUUCCGGGAAAGAGUUGUUCUCCGAGAAGCUCGAGGGACGCGGGGGUCGUCGCCAGCGUGCCGAGGAUUUGUUCGGCUGA